AGCCAGGUUACAACAUUCAACAACAAUUGAGUUAUUGUUAUUUAUAUACCUAUUAAAAAAUCAGCUUCUAAUAUGUAUGCAAUGGGUUUUUUCCCACAUUUAUAAUUUAAAACUAUUAGUUUGUCUUCAUACAAUUAAUUUUACAAUAUGGACGUUAAAAGUGUUUCUCCUGAGACUUAUUUGCAAACAGUGGAUAUGAUGAAACCGAAUAUCCAAUAUCAUAAAAUCGACAUACCAAUUCAUCUAUUUGACUAUUUGAAUAGUGACAACUGCAAUUUGGAUAAAAUAUGCCUGUCCUGUCUGUCUAUUAAUAGCCAAUUGAUGUACCCGUUAUCAUUGGACAAGGAUGAGAAUUUAUUAUCAAAUGCUUACACUGCUGUUACUGCUAUUAAGCCACAUUAUGAGUUACCUUCGAAAGUAUGCGCUGCAUGCCAAACAUCAAUACUACAAUUUUAUGAUUUUAAAAUUCAAUGUGAAAAGUCACAUUACAUAUUGAAGACUACUCUGCUUGGAGAAUUUGCUUUAGUACAUGAUAAAAAAGAAAAAUUGUACAAAGGGAAGAAUGAAAAUUCACAAAUUGAUAUUUCUCAUAAAUCUAAUCAAGAAAAAAUAGAAUUGGAAAUUAAAGUGGAAUCCCCUAAAGAUGAAGAAGAUGCAGUUGAAUACAUUGAAGAUAUCAGCGAUGAUGAGAAACUUUCUGUCAUUGUAAAUACAAUUAAAAAGAGGGAUACAUCGGAAUCAGUCAAAAAUAUAAAUGAACCAAUCCUAGUGAAAAAAAAUAAAACCAGAAAGAAACGGAAAUCACAUUAUAAAUGUCAGAUUUGUUCAAAGAGCUUUUUGACAUUGAGCAAACUUCGAAGCCAUGCUAAGAAGCAUGAGGAAAUAACUGAGCUACCUUAUUCAUGUAAACACUGCCAAGAUUCAUUCACCUCUGAGCACGAUCUAAAUCUACAUUUAUCUUUGCACACUGAAGGAUCUAAUUGGAAGUGCAAUAAAUGUCAAAAGGAAUUCAACUCGAAGCCUCUGCUCCGGCGGCACAUAGACCGGCACAUGGAUUCGAAGCGCUACUCGUGCGAGACGUGCGGGAAGCCGUUCGCGGAGCUGUACGCGCUGCGCCGACACUCGCGCGUGCACACCGGCGAGGCCGUCGAGAAGAAGUACAAGUGCCAUCUCUGUGACAAACGUUACUCUGACAGCAGCGCGCUGGCGGCGCACGUGCAGCGGCACUCGGGGCUGCGUCCGUGCGCGUGCGACACGUGCGGCAAGGGGUUCCCGUCGGCGCGGCUGCUGGCCUCGCACCGCCGCGUGCACUCCGACCACAAGCCGCACGCCUGCCGCUACUGCCACAAACGAUUCCGCCACGAGUCUUCGCGGAACACGCACCACCGCACCCACACCGGCGAGAAGCCGUUCGUUUGCUCUCAGUGCCCGAAGACCUUCAUACAGAGCUCCAACCUCAGGCAGCACAUGAGGACGCAUACUGGAGAAAAACCACACACGUGCAAAGUCUGCGGUAAUUCAUUCUCGUCGAGCUCCACGCUGAAGGCGCACGAGCGCGUCCACACGGGGGAGCGACCCUACCAGUGCAACGUCUGCGGGAAGCGAUUCAGUCGUAUGAACCUGCGCGCUCACAUGGCGACACACACGGGCGAGCGGCCCCACGAGUGCAGCGUCUGCCACAAGCGGUUCCUGUACCUCACGCGACUGCGCGACCACGCACGGGUACAUACAGGUGAAAGACCCUUCGUAUGUGAGAAUUGCCAACAAGCGUUCCCAACGAAAUCGCACCUGGUGCGGCAUGUUAAAUCUCAUCAUAACGACAAAGCGAAACAACAAAUUAUUAAAAACAGAAAAACGAAAAUACUGAACAGAUUAAUUAAUGAAACCAUAUGUGAUAAUAAUAAAGGCGUUGAACAUAUUGAGGAGAUUGAAAAAGCAAACGACACCGAAUGUAGAACAAUAAUGUUUGACACCGAAGAGGGACCCCUGGAGGUCAGCGGCGAAUUAGUUCUUGAAGACGAUAGCAACAUUAAAACAGAAGUUUUAGUUUUUGACAACAGUCAAAAUUUCCAAAGUGCGAACAUACUGAACGCUAGCGAAAUAAUCGUCAAUGACUAUGCCAAUAAUUUAGUGGCGGUGAGCGACGGUGAUACUAUAUCCGCGACGAGCGCAAUUCUAGAGGGAACCACAGUAAAGCUCUACCAGUUAGACCAAAGUUUAUUACAAAUUCACAAUGCAGGUGGCCGGGUUACUAUUAGCAAAAUAACUAGUAAGAUGACUGCUAAUUUUUAAUGUUAUUCAUAAUUUUAAAUAUAUAAAAAAA